AUGGCGCGGACGAAGAACAACUCGGCCACCUAUGCGAGUUCCCGCAACCCCUGCCUCGACCACUUCUUCCAGGUCGUCCCCGACAUGCCGGCGCAACGCGUGCGCGAGCUCGUCACCAUUGCGUGGGCACAAGACCCGCUCACCGCGCUCAAGCUCAUCGCGAACCUCUGCGGCGUGCGUGGCACGGCCAAGUCCGACAGGGAGGGCUUCUACGCGGCCGCGCUCUGGAUGCACGAGCGCCAUCCCAAGACGCUCGCCUGUAACCUUCCCGCGCUCGCCGAAUUUGGCUACCUCAAGGACUUCCCCGAGCUACUCUACCGCCUCAUCCACGGCGCCGACACGCGCAAGCUCUACAAGGCCAAGGCGGAAACCCAGAAGAUCAGACGCAAGGUCCCGGAGGUCCGCACCGCCAGGCUGGCCGGAAAGAAGUGCGCGCACGGCCAAAGCGCGCCGUCUAUGGAGACAGAGGAGGCAGCCGUGGAGAACAAACCGGAGGCGAUGGAUGUGGCGGCCGCGAAGGAGAUCCCCAUGACGAAGGAGGUGCGGAAGGUGGUCAAGCUCGCCGUGCAAUCGCUGGAGACGUACUACGGCAAUGGCACCUACCGCUUCCUCUUCGACUGCGUCGCCCAGUUCUUCGCUGACCUCCUCGCCUCCGACCUCGAGCAGCUAGCACCCGGUGGCAGGAAGACGAAUAUCCGGCUCGCCGCCAAGUGCCCCGACUACUCUGACCUGUCAGAGGAGCACUACUCCUACCGAGUGCACCACCGUCUCCGCCGCGAGGUGCUUGUGCCGUUGCGGAAGGUCCUGGAGCUCCCGGAGGUGUACAUGAGCGCCCAGCGGUGGUCCGAGCUGCCCUACACCCGCGUGGCGUCGGUGACCAUGAGGCGCUACAAGGCCCUGUUCAAGAAGCACGACGAAGCGCGCUUCGACAAGUACCUCGAGGACGUUGAGGCUGGCAAGGCCAAGAUCGCGGCUGGCGCGCUCCUGCCCCACGAGAUCGCCGCCGCUGCGUUUGGUGGCGAGGCCGACGAUGUGUCGGAGCUGCAGUGGCGGCGCAUGGUGGAGGACCUCCGCAAGAAGGGGUCUCUAAACAACUGCAUCGCCGUCUGCGACGUUUCCGGGAGCAUGAACGGCACGCCGAUGGAGGUGUGCGUGGCGCUGGGUCUGCUCAUCUCUGAGCUCAGCGAGAAGCCAUGGGCGGGCAGGGUGAUCACGUUCAGUGAGACUCCCCAGAUCCACAAGAUUGAGGCAUGA